AUGCAAUGUUCCUGGAAGGCUGUCCUCCUACUAGCCUUGGCUUCCAUUGCAAUCCAGUACACAGCAAUCCGGACCUUCACUGCUAAGUCCUUCCACAGCUGCCCCAUCCCCAACCCCGUGAACUGCAGCCUGAGCCAGGACACCGAUGCAGCCGAGAGGCUGUGUGACGAGAGCCCCACUUUCUCGUAUAACCUCUCCAGGAAGACUCACGUCCUCAUCCUCGCCACCACCCGCAGCGGCUCCUCGUUUGUCGGGCAGCUGUUUAACCAGCACUUCGAUGUCUUCUAUUUAUUUGAGCCCCUCUACCACGUCCAGUACACCCUGAUCCCAAAGCUGACCCAGAGCAAGAGCACGACGGACAGGCGGGUCAUGCUGGGGGCCAGCCGAGACCUGCUGAGGAGCCUCUACGACUGCGACCUCUACUUCCUGGAGAACUACAUCAAACCCCAGCCCGUCAACCACACCACUGACCGCCUCUUCCGCCGGGGAGCCAGCAAGGCCCUGUGCUCGCCACCCGUCUGCGAGUCCCUGGGAGCCGUUGAUCUCCACCUGGAGGAGGGAGAUUGCGUGAAGAAGUGCGGCACCUUGAACCUGACGCUGGCCACCGAGUCCUGCAGAGAGCACGGGCACGUGGCCAUCAAAACCGUGCGGGUGCCCGAGGUCAGCGACCUCCGGGCCUUGGUGGAGGACCCGCGGCUGAACUUGAAGGUCAUCCAGCUGGUGAGGGACCCCCGAGGGAUCCUGGCAUCCCGGAGCGAGACUUUCCGGGACACCUACAGGCUGUGGAGGAUCUGGGAUGGCACCGGCAGGAAGCCGUACAACCUGGACGUGACCCAGCUAACCACAGUGUGCGAGGACUUCUGGAACUCCGUGUCCACCGGCCUCAACCGGCCGCCGUGGCUCAAGGGCAAGUACAUGCUGGUGCGGUACGAAGACCUGGCCAGGAACCCCAUGAAAAAGACCGAGGAGAUCUACGAUUUCCUGGGCAUCCCCAUGGACAGCAACGUCGAGCGCUGGAUACAGAACAACACCCGAGGAGACAGGUCCUCCUCCAAGCACAAGUACGGGACGGUGCGCAACUCGGCAGCGACAGCGGAGAAGUGGCGGUUCCGGCUGUCCUACGAGAUCGUGGCGUUCACCCAGCACGCCUGCCAGCAGGUGCUGGCACAGCUCGGCUACAAAACCGCCGCCUCCGAGGAGGAGCUGAAGAACCUCUCCAUCAGCUUGGUGGAGGAGAGAGACUUCCUGCCCUUCUCCUAA